AUGAAGUCUUCUGCAAAGGAAUGGGUUGAAUGUUGCCCCAUCUGCCAAUCCAACCGUUGCGCCCACAACCCAGUAAUAGCUCUAAAACCUUUAGAAGUCCCCCUGUUCCCAUUCCAUACAAUUUCCUACAACUUCAUCACGGGUUUUCCCAGAUCUGAUGGAUACAACGCAAUAUUGGUAGUCAUAGACUUGUUUUCAAAAUUCGGGCACUUCAUCCCAACUACCAAAAAGGUGUCAGCCAAGGGCUUGGCAAAUCUCUUUGUCACCCAUGUUUGGAAACUCCACAGCCUCCCGGGCCUUGUACCAACAAUUGGGAGUCCAACCAUCCUUCUCCUUGGCCUACCACCCCAAAUCAGACGGACAAACAGAACAACGGAUCACUCAGACUGGGCAAAAUGGCUACCCCUUGCGGAAUAUGCUUACAACAACGCCAAACACGCUGCCACAGGUAAAACCCCAUUCAAACUGGUUUAUGGAAGAAACCCCGUGAUGAGUCCGUCAACCGUGCCAGCCAACGUACCAGAAGCAGACCUUGUAGCUGAUACCCUGGCACAAGAGUGGAAAGAAGCGGAGGACAAAGGGGUAAUACCAGAAUACUCUGUAGGAGAAAAAGUCUGGCUGGACAGAAAGAACAUGGAACUGAGAACAAAUUCCAACAAACUGGAUCCCAAGUGGCUGGGACCGUUCAAAGUCACAGAAAAGAUUUCCAGUCACGCCUACCGCCUGAAAUUGCCGGAAACUCUGAAAAUCCACAACGUGUUCUAUGUAGGACUGCUAUCCAAGGCGCAUGAAUCUGCAAGCCAACCAUUCCCAAAUCAACCCCCGCCUGAAACCAUAGAAGGGGAGGAGGAAUACAAGGUGGAACAAAUCCUGGAUUCAAAAAGACAACAAGGAAAGUGGGUUUACCUCAUCAAAUGGAAGGGCUAUGGUCCAGAAGAUAACUCCUGGGAACCCAAGGAGCUUCUAGAGAAUAGUCAAGAAGAAAUCCAACGCUUCAACAAAUUGCAACUGAAAAAGGCUUGUGACUCCGCCAAGAACCUUUAA